AUGGACUACAACGCUCGCCCGCCACGGGCCCCGCGGCCGACAUACCCGCACGGCCAGAACUCGGACCCGCCAUCGUACCCCGACCAACAGGCCCAGCGGCCAUCUCCACAACCCUACACGGCGGGCAGACAUGCCGGCGGCCAAAUAUCCUUCCAGUCCACCGAGCGGCCCGAUCGCAGCCAGCCGUACCGCAACAUCGCCUCUCCCACGAACGAUCCCGAGCUCGGCGGCGCUGCAGGCGCCGACAUGUACCGCAAGAAGUCGCUCGUCAGGCCGGACCGCGAGAAGAUCGAACCUGGCCAUCGCCAAUGGCACUACCGCCACCACGCAGCUGAGCUCGAGCAGAACAACGCAAACCUCGUGCACCCCUCCACCACGGGCAACGCGCCGCAACGCGAAGGUCUCAGACGCGGGCGCUCCCUGCUCGCGCGCGAGGAAGACGUGCAGGAGUCCGGCCUCGCCCUCUUCAAGCGCGGAACCACCCUUCGCCGUAAACGGAAGGAGGCAGAGGCGCCCGUCGUCCCAGACAAGUCCGCCCGCAGAGGCUGCUGGUCCCAUAUACCCGGCCCCGUAGACGGCUGGGUCAUCUACUGCUAUCUCUCCACAAUAUUCGUGCCAUCCGCCGCCCUCAGCUGCUGCGGCAUGCGGACCAAGGAGCAACAACGUGCUUGGAGGGAGAAAAUGGGUCUCAUCUGGGUCAUCGUCGUUCUCAUGGCCGGCGUCGGCUUCCUCACCUUUGGCUUCACAAAGGCAGUCUGUAACACCACAACAACCCGUUUCUACGCCGGUUCGAUCGACACCGGCUCGGUCGUCAUCCACGGUUACGCUUACAACUUCGACAAGUUCAACCAUCCCAAGGUUGGCUCGUUCGACGGUACUCAGAACCCGCUCUACGUCGGAAACUGGGAUGUCGCCGGCAACGAUAUCUCGUUCAUGUUCCAGAACGUCGGCGAUAGCUGUCAAGGCCUCAUCAAGAAGGCCUCCGGCUCCAGCCUGCCCGACGGCAGCACCGACUCGCCCGGAUACUACUUCCCUUGCAACGUUAUCCCCCAGAACAGCACGUCCAAGGUCAAUCAAACGGCUUACACCUCCGAUGAUAACUGCCAUUUGUCAUCCACGGCUCGUAGCGACCUGGCCAAGAUGUCCCCCUCUGGCCAAGUUUACUACUCCUGGGAUAACGUCCGCGAUACUAGCCGGAAUCUCGCUGUCUUCGAAUCCGCGGUACUCAACUUUGAUCUGCUCAACUGGCUCGACACAUCUCAAGUCACUUACCCCGCAUUCUGGGACGAGCUCAAGUCCGGGAACGGUACCUACAAUACCAAGGAUCUGUCUAUGGCCCUCAUGCGUCUCGGUGAUCGCAACAUGGGUCACUGUCUCGAGCAGAUCAUCGGCGUCGGCUUCAUCGAUACCGACACGAUUGGCUGUGUCGCGUCGCAAGUCGUACUCGUCGUAUCGCUCGUCUUCAUCAUCGGUGUCGUUGCCAUCCGUUUCUUCAUGGCCGUCAUCUUCGCCUGGUUCUUCGCCCACAAGAUCGGCGCCUUUGACAACGAGACGCGCGAGCAGCGGAACAAGCGCAUGAACCAAAUCGAGAACUGGUCCAACGACAUCUACCGUCCUGCGCCGACCGAGUACCGUCCGAGCGUAGCUAAGAAUGGCGUCGCAGCUGUCAACAAGGCCCCGAAGAAGACGUUCCUUCCCUCGCAGUCGCGUUUCACGCCUUCGGAUCAACUGCUCAAGGGCAUGGGCGGCCGUCCUACGACGACAUAUGGCCAACUUGCGGAUCCGCCGCACAAGCGCGGUGCUGCUUUGAGUGUGUACGGCGCACCGAGUGUCAGCGGCAAGAGCGGGCGUACUACCGGAUUCGAUCUCCCGUACAGAGACUCGCGGUCAUCUACGAGCGUGAACGGCUUUGACGGUCAACCUUGUCCCUGGCCGCUCAACAAUGUCGUACCUCAGCCGGCUGCGGACUACGAGCCCUUCGGAUACCCUCUUGCGCACACAAUCUGUCUCGUCACCGCGUACUCCGAGUCCGUCGAAGGUCUCCGCACGACGCUCGAUUCGCUUGCCACGACCGACUACCCGAACAGCCACAAGCUCAUCCUCGUCAUUGCAGACGGUAUGGUCAAGGGUGCCGGCAACUCCAAGACGACGCCCGAGAUCUGUUUGGAGAUGAUGAAGGACUUCGUGAUCGAGCCGGAGGACGUCGAAGCGCACUCGUACGUCGCUAUCGCGGACGGUCAUAAGCGACACAACAUGGCGAAGGUCUACGCUGGAUUCUACGACUACGACAGCAGCACGGUCGAGCGAAGCAAGCAACAACGCGUGCCGAUGGUUCUAGUCGCGAAGACGGGGAAUCCGCUUGAGCAGGGCGACGCGAAGCCAGGCAACCGCGGCAAGCGCGACAGUCAGAUCGUGCUUAUGGCUUUCUUGCAACGCGUGAUGUUCGACGAGCGCAUGACGACAUUUGAGUACGAGUUCUUCAACUCGAUCUGGAGGUGUACGGGCGUUUCGCCGGAUCGCUACGAGAUCGUGUUGUGUGUGGACGCAGACACGAAGGUCUUCCCGGAUUCGAUCAGUCGGAUGGUUGCGGCUAUGGUGCAGGAUGAGGAGGUGAUGGGCCUGUGCGGCGAGACUAAGAUUGCGAACAAGGGCGAGACGUGGGUUACGAUGAUCCAAGUCUUCGAGUACUGCAUUUCUCACCACAUGACCAAGGCCUUCGAGUCUAUGUUCGGCGGUGUGACAUGUUUGCCCGGUUGCUUCAGCAUGUACCGCAUCAAGGCGCCCAAAGGUCAAUCCGGUUACUGGGUCCCCAUCCUCGCAAACCCGGACAUUGUCGAGCACUACUCGGAGAACGUCGUCAACACGCUGCACAAGAAGAACUUGCUUCUGCUUGGAGAGGAUCGUUACCUCACGACACUGUUGCUCAAGACCUUCCCUAAGCGCAAGAACAUCUUCGUCCCCUCGGCCGUCUGCAAGACUAUUGUCCCCGAUACCUUCCGUGUACUCCUCUCGCAACGUCGUCGCUGGAUCAACUCGACCGUGCACAACCUCUUCGAGCUGGUUCUUGUCCGCGACUUGUGCGGCACGUUCUGCUUCAGUAUGCAGUUCGUCGUCGCUAUGGAGUUGGCUGGUACACUCGUUCUUCCCGCCGCCAUCUCGUUCACUCUUUACCUCAUCAUCGACGCUGCCAUCCCCGGCGGACCGAACGACGCUAUCCCCCUCGCACUGCUCGCCGUCGUCCUGGGUCUACCCGGUAUCCUCAUUGUCCUGACGUUGCGCAAGCUUUCCUACGUCGGCUGGAUGUUCGUCUACCUGCUCUCCCUUCCCGUAUGGAACGGCAUCCUCCCCGCCUACGCUUACUGGCACUUCGACGACUUCUCAUGGGGUGCCACGCGUGCUGUCUCCGGCGAGAAGAAGGGCGAGGGCCACGGUGACAAGGAGGGCGAGUUCGACUCUACCAACAUCGUCAUGAAGCGCUGGGCCGAAUUCGAACGUGAGAGGCGAUGGAAGAGCGGGAUGCAGAGCCGGGACUCGUACGGUGGUUGGGACAGCAAGAACAAGCGCUACUCGCUUGUCUCAAGCUCAGAUGUCGCCACCAGCCAGAACUACGACAACUCGACGACGGACAGCAGCUAUGUUCCCGCCGUACCACGCGGACGCGCUGACUCCAAUCAACUACUGUCGCUCCCUGCGCCGCUCGGCUUGCGCGCAUCGCCGAACUCAGGCUUGAGCACGUCACCCGCGCGCUCUUCUGAGGACGUUUAUAGCGAGAGCUCCUCCGGCGCACAUCAGCGCUUGAUCUCUUCGCCAUCCUCACCCGACGUAUACUCGGACGAGCCCAGUCAUGGAUACCAACCUCAAUCACAACGUACAUUGGAAGCACACGUCUCGCGCACGGGCAAUUCUAUCCGCGCUGGCGCGAUGUCGGCGUAUCCUGAGGCUCAACACGCGCAACCCGCCUACGCCGCUCACACCGGCUACGUUGCUGAGCCGGACGAGUUCUCACCUGUGCGCCACGCACCGCCUCAAAUCCCACAACAACAGCGCGGCGUAAGUCUGUCAGACUCCGGACCCGUACCACCGCCUGGUGGCGAGGGCGUACGCCGUGUGGCGAGGCCGAGGAGGCAAAGCACUACGCCCGCCAAUGCUACCAGCCCGCAGAACCGGUACAGCCGGACGUCGACGUAUGGCUUGCCGCCCGGUGCUGCGCCGCCUGGGCAGUACGGGAGCGGUGGUGGGUACUAG